AUGAUGACUGAGGCUGCCAACGCUUCGUCUCCAAAGCGUUCAUCUUCGACUAAAGAAAGGGUCAAGAGCUUGGGCCGUGAGACCAAGGCGAAGACGAAGAACCUCUUACAUCUCAAUAAACACACUCUGGCCCCCGAGGAGGAAGCCACCGUGGGCCUAGAAGAUGAUCCCUACCAAGACUUCCGUCACGAUCCGGCCUUUGACCCUACUCAACUGGUCGCCCCGAAGCCCAGUCUCUCGACUCGCAUUGCUGGGGGUCUCUCAAAUGGCGUGAAAAUCGUCGUUCAUCCUCAGGAUGCCGCCAAAAAGUUUGCUGCCUCGAAAGCAGCCAUCAAGGACCGACCCUACCUUUCCGAGGAAGCUGACAAGGAGUUUCUUGAUGCACAAGACAGUCUUUCGAGAGCGAAAACCGAUGCUUUUCACUCCAAUGACUCGGAUGACCAUGAAGCUGUCGAUAAUCAGCGUGAGCGCGUGAGAAGGAUAGAGGGCUUGCGACAGAGCAGAAAAGUGGCCUGGACAUCUAGCCGACACUUCAGGCGUGCCCUUGUCUUUCCCAAACGCGAGUUCCCGUCGCCUGCAAAGGAGGAUUACAGCUAUGUCGACGCUCAAACUGGCGAGCGCCGUGUCGAUUGGAUGGCCUGGUUGCAGGCGCGUCAACUGAAUGCAAUGCAGUCGUUUGCUGUGAACCGUAUGGGCCAAGUGGACUUCACCGGCCAGCCUCCCUUCGACAGAGAGGCUUCAUCACGGUUCAUUGAGCGCAUUCUCAUCGCCUCUUCGCCAUGGCAGACCUUCUUCCUCUCACUCCGGAGCCUGUACCUCUGGGAAGACCCUGCGAAGACGAAGAGGUGGCUGGCUAUCUGGAUUCUGAUCUGGUAUCUGGAUUACGUCGUAACGUUCAUCUUGGCAUACUGCGCUGUCACUGUAUUACAGAACAGAUACCAGCACAAGCAGGUUGAAGAAAUGCGCGAGGCGUACACGUCUACACUCCAGAGGGGAAGUUCUGCUUACAAGUUCAGUGCUCUCCUGCAGGAACAUGGAGCAGAUUGGGUUGAUCCUCUGAUCGAGAGGGCAGGUCCCAAGAUACAGAUGCAGCUGUCUGAUAUCGCCGACACGUUGGAGAUGCUGAACAACUUCUAUGACUGGCUUGAUCCGAGACUGACCUGGGCUACUCUCUUCUGGUUCCUGACGGCAAUCCUGCUUGGUGUCUUCACACCCAGUGAGUACUCUAUCAAAAUCGUCACCAUGUGUUGUAUUGUCAUGUUCUUUGGUUCCCGCUAUGUUGCUCACCACCAUCCCGAGUAUCGACAUGUCGUCAACGCCUUCAACUACAUCUUCUGGGGCAUUCCCAACGACGCAGACUGGUCAAUGUCAUACCUGAGGGAGAAGGCUCAAGAGACCAGAGCGGAACUGAUCGCAAAGCGAGUCCAGGAAGAGUGGAACAAUGAUCUCUCUUCAGCAAAUGCGGUGCGCGUCGAUAGUCUCGACAUUGCCUCAGACACCAAAUCAAUUCGGCCAGCAACGGACAAUCUACUGUCGGAUAGCGAUGAUGACGAUGCUGCAAGCUUCCACUCGACGGAGUCUACGACCAGCAUUCUUGGGGGGCUCGACAUCCUGAGCUUCCGCUGCGCCAUGCAUGGCAUGCCCGGCCGUCUCAUAAUCUUCUCAGAUGGCCUUCGGUUCCAGAGGAAGUCAACAGAGAUCUGGCGUCGAUUAUGGUCAGAGCUCGUCGAGAUUGAGAAAAUCGACCACAAGACCGUCGGAUUGGUCAAAUCGGACGACAUUCAUCUCGCAUUCACAGACGGCAAGGAAGUGAAGCUCGAGCAUGUCCGUCAACGCGACAAGACGUUCAAUUGCAUCCUUGGGUUUUCUGGGUUGCGCUUUCAAAUUGUUGCUCCCGGUGCCAGUACGGGGGCUGACCAUGAGACGUUCGGGCGAGACAACGAGGAGUUUGGGUUCAAGAAGGGCUGA